CAGCUGAGGCCCUACCGGCGCUUUCCGUUUAACAUGGCGGAAACUGUUUCCUCAGCGGCCCAGAGCGCGUGGAGCCAGGCGGGCCGGACAAAUGCGGGCUCUCCGGAGGAGGAGGAGUCGGGAGAAGACGCGCAACUACUCCGGUGCCAGAUACAGCUGGGGGCCCCGAGAGGGGAGGACAACGCGGAGCUUGUGACUGAGGCAGAGGCCGUGGCUGCGGGCUGGAUGCUCGACUUCCUCUGCCUGUCUCUAUGCCGAGCCUUCCGCGACGGCCGCUCCGAGGACUUUCGUCUUACUCGUGACUGUGCUGAGGCUGUUAUUCAUGGACUACCCAGUCUUACAACUUACCAAUUGAAAACUGUAUAUAUAUGUCAGUUUUUGACAAGAAUUGCAGCUGGAAAGUCCCUUGAUGCACAGUUUGAAGUUGAUGAGCAGAUUACACCCUUGGAAUCAGCCCUAAUGAUUUGGGACUCAAUUGAAAAGGAACAUGACAGACUGCAUGAGGAUAUACAGAAUUUAAUUAAAAUUCAGGCCGUGGCUGUCUGUAUGGAAUUUGGCAGCUUUAAGGAAGCAGAAGAAGUGUUUGAAAGAAUAUUUGAUGAUCCAGAAUUUCACACGCCUUUAGAAAGAAAAUUACUUAAGAUAAUCUCUCAGAAAGAUGUGUUCCACUCCCUUUUUCAACACUUCAGCUAUAACUAUAUGAUGGAGAAAAUUCAGAGUUACGUGGAUUGUGUGAUAAAUGAAAAAUCAUCAACUUUCCUAAUGAAGGCAGCAACAAAAGUAGUGGAAAGUGAGAAAGCAAGGACACUGGCUUCUGAGGAUAAGCCACACGCUGCCAGCACUGGAACAGUAGUGGAAAGUGAGAAAGUAAGGACACUGGCUUCUGAGGGUAAGCCACACGCUGCCAGCACUGGAACAGAGACUGAAGUUAGUUUGAAUAAAGGGAAAAGUGUUAAUGGCCAACAGUCUACAGAAACUGAAUCCUUAGUGGAUACAGUAUCCUCAUCCUCAGUAAGGUCUCACAAGAAUGCCUUAUCUCAGUUGAAACACAGAAGUGCUCAGCCUAGGAAUGAAGCAAGAACAGGAACUCUUCAGUGUGACAUAACGACAGAAAGAAACAGAAGAACCAGUGGAAGGAAUAGAUUAUGUAUUUCAAAGAAUCAGCUAGACACUGAUGAAAAACAUGGGCGCAGGAAAAAACAGACAUGGCUUUGGGAAGAAGACAGAAGUUUGAAGUGUGGUGUAAAGAAAUAUGGAGAGGGAAAUUGGGCUAAAAUACUAUCCCAUUAUAAGUUCAACAACCGAACAAGUGUCAUGUUAAAAGAUAGGUGGAGAACGAUGAAGAGACUGAAACUGAUUAGCUGAGACACUGAAGGCCGGACAGGUUUGUUUCAGCUUAAUACAAGGGUGAAUACUUGGAUCACUGCAUUUGGUUUACAACUUCCUGGUCAGUAAUAAUAAAGCAUUAGUGUGUGUGUGUGUGUGUGUGUGUGUGUGUGUGUGUGUGUGUGAAAGAGAGAGACAGAGAGAGACAGAGAGACAGAGACGGGCAGGGAGAGAAAGAAAGUUUUGUUACAGAUUUGUGCUGUAAAAAUAUAUGCCGUCAUUAUUUUGUAUAAGAAUCUUUUAUUUUUGAAAAUAUAGAUAUGUUGAACCCUACCAAAUUCAGUACCCCAUCCCAUGUUCUGUUUUAAUACAAAAGUAAGAGCCUGAUAAAAUAAAAAGAAUUUAUGACUAUUUACAGUUUAUUCUCUUACAUGUGUAUAAACUAACCUUACAAAAUACCACCUAGAAAUGGAUUUUUCUAAAGAAUUGAAUUGGAAUAAUCCUUUGAUGUGACUUUGCUGCUGGAUCUAUGGCUAAUGUACUACUUACUAAAGAUUUACUACUAGAGAGAUGUUCAAAACAACCCAUGAGUUCUAACAAGCCUGGCUUGACUUCUCUCAAAAGUUUCAUUUAAAGGAAGUUGAGUUUUCACCAAAAAUUUGUUCAUUGCAAUAUUUAAUCAAAGACUAAUUAGUAAUUAGCAUGUAAGUUUUAUUUACCAUAUGUACCACGUAAAAAUAAGUCUCAACCAACCUAUUGAAAUAUUUACGAGAAAGUCAGCAUUGUGUAUUUCCUUCAAAAUGUCCUGCAUUGCUUUCCUGUUCUCUUGAAUUUGCUGCCUUACAUAUAUAAUAAACAGAAGCAUUAGUAA